CGCGCGCAGCGUAUCCACGAUGAAGACGCCCGACCAAGCGGCUGCGCUCAUCCAAGCCCGAUGGAAGGGUGUGGCGUACCGCCAAAAGGCCGCCACAUUCGAGCGGGCGGUGACGACGCUCCAGGCGCGGCAGCGCGGCCGCUACGUCCGUCGGCGCUUCGUCGAGUACAAGGGCUUCCGCCUCGAGCAGGCUGCGUUCGAGUCGGAGAGCAAGAAGCGCCGCGAGCGCAUCUGGCAUCACCAGCAGCAACUGCUCUACAUGGAGUCAAUCUCGCCAGACCAGUACGAGAAGCUCAUGGCGCUCCGGCAAGCGCGCGCUGCACGUGUCAUUCAAAAGCGCUGGAACGACUACCGAGCGUACAAGGCCAACGCGCGCCUCGAGUGGUCGUCGACCGACGACGAAGACGACGACGACGAGCGCUACUGGAAGCAAGCAUCAGUCGCCAGCAGCACGCAGUCGUCGAUCGGCACGGCGCCCGCACCCGACGCCGCUAUCGACCCAGAGGUGUAUCUACAGACCAAGACAAGGCUUCAGCAGACGAUCAAACAGCGGGUCCACGCGCUUGCCAGGACGGCGCCGUGGAAGCACGCGGUACCCGAGUACGCAACCAAGGCCGAGAAGCUCCAGCUGCGCAAGCUCGCGUAUACGCGUCUCUCGGACCAAGCCAAGACGACCCACGCGCAUCUGGCGCACCACAAGAAGGAGUUUCGUGCCCAGCGUGCAGGUACAUUUUCCUGCAUUUUUGCAUCUUGGGCAUUUUACAUGGAACACAAACCUGUCUCGACCCUGCAGACGCCGAGCUCGAAAAGAAAGCUCUCCUCGCGCGUUGUGAGCGGCGCAUGGCGGCACUGAGCCAACCCCCGCCGAUGCCUUCGCUCGAGCAAGGGGCGUCCAUCAACGACUAUCCGUUGCCAAAGCUCCGGCGCCGGCGCCACGAAGCACUCACAACGCACAAGAACAUCAUGACGUCCCUCAAAGCACCGCGCAUCUACGACAUGCCCGUCGCCGGCACCGUCUACGACAUGCGCCGACACCCCGAGCACUGGCCGUACACGGACGUCGACCGCGUGUGGUGCUGGCCGCAAGAGUACGUCGCGUCGCUUAAUGUGGCGCCGCCCGAUGACGCGCCGGCGUCCGACGACCCACUGGCGGUGUUUGUGGGCACAGACCCGACGCUGACCGAGCUGCCGUGGCUGGCGUUCAGCCACAAGAUGCAGUUCGAGCCGACGCCUGCCUCGUCCAGCACGCUGCCGCCGCGCCUGCACGCCUACCGCCGACAGAAGACCGAGGGGGAUGCAUACGGCGACGGGUUUGACGCGAGUGUGCAGGCGCAGACCAAGCACCUCGUGGCCCAAGUGAGUGCACAGAUUCACUUCAACACACAGCGUCGGCGGCAGCUCGAGGAAGAGAGCCGGCAGUUGCCACGACCGGUCGCGCCGCCGUCGAGCGCCAUCGACUAUGCGCAACUGCGCAAACACAACAUGGCGCUGCGUAUCCAAGCCCAGUACCGAGGCCACCGUGGCCGACAAGCAGCCCACGAGAUUCGAGCCCAGCAUUUUGUCUUGGUCCGCGGCCGCGCGAUUCGAAAAGGGCUCUGCGAAGAGUGCGCCGACCAAAAGGCUGUCUUGCUCUGCAAGAGUUGCGAAGAGAGCCGUCAUUUCUGCCCACAGUGCUGGGUGCACGUGCACAGCACGCGGCGACGGAAGAAUCAUGUCCCGAUGCCCAUGGUCGCGCCACCAAAGACCGACCACCGCACUCUUAUUGACAGUCGUCCGCCGCCGAUCGUGACGGCGUCGCCAGAGCGACCCUUACCGCCAACGUCAGACAUGACUGCCUCGGCGCCACAGCCAACUGUCGACACGACGUCGAGGCCGCUGUUGACCGAUGUCCUGGCGGCACCACACGUCGACACGGCAUUGAAACUUGAGAAACCUCGAGCAGUAGUCAAGCCGUGGGCGAAAAAGGCCAAGACCAGCGUGACGGCAGCCAGCGUCGAUGCGCUAUCGGUGCAACCCACUAUGGUACCGGCAGCGGCAGCGGUACCACAAGGCGCCGAGGUGCUAGGACCGCGCAAUACCGAGAUCGCAAAGUCAACCAAGGAGCCAGAAGCUCCGAGAGCGACCACGGAGGCACCUGUCGUUGCGCCGACAGAGACCGCAAGCGUGGCCAAGCCACGCGCCAGCGCCGACAAGCCGUGGAAGAAGAAGGCCCAUUCGGCGCCGACGCGCUCGGUCUUGAGUGCCGACGAACCUGUUGCCAUCACGGACGCUGCGCCAGUGUCGACUGAGCCCACCGCCGCACCUGGUAAUGAACCGUCGUCAAGCGAUCCGCCGUCUGCUGCCAUAUCGCCGUCCAACGUGCGCACGUCGGCGGAUACCGCGUCGUCGCAGCCUGCAGCGAUUGCUGCUGCGGACAAAGGCAAAGACAACAAGGCGGCUUCAAUGAGAGAGACGUCCGUGGAAGUCCCGCCAUCGACCGCGCCGUCGACCGAAGUCUUAGCAAGCUCUGCGCCCGUAGAAAACACUCUAAUAGCACAGGCGUCCAACGAAUAAUGCCAUACGCCAUCGGUAGAGUCGAGUAGAGGACCCUUCUUCGAGGCUUUCCUGCUCUUUAAUAGAGUAGGCCGUUGACCAUCCAACGCCGCAUCGAUCAUCUUCGCCCUCGCCGCUUGCGUCACGCUACCGUGCCCAUGGGUACUGUAUCGUGCGCGUCUCGCAGCGUCGUGGCGGCGCCGGCAGCGAAAA